GGAUUACCAGUGAUUAUCAGCAGCACUCUCACCUAGAAAUCACUGUCCUGGAGCCUUAUUAACAUAACAAAGUUUUUACCUGAAUCCCAGGUAAGGAACUCUCACAAAAAUAAGAGUUUUAAGACAUUCUUUGGUUUAGUUCCAAUCUUCUAAAAAGGACCUUUAUCCAAAAUUCCUUUUACAGAAAAGAGAACCAUACUGCAAAGUUCUGGUUUAAAAAUCUUUCCAAAAAUAAAUGAAUAUAUAAAAACCUUUCCAAAGCCAGGAAAAAUAUAAUCCACACUGAAAUUUUACAUCAAAAGCAAGCAUACCUUAGCCUCUUUGCAGUCAUUAUUGACUAGCUUUAGUACUAAACACUUGAAGUAAUGUAGAGAUGAACGGUAUACAAGGCUGUAUACCAAAUGAUAUGCAAGUUCUCUUACUUCUAUGUUACCUUUCUCAGAAUUAAGUCUAAGUUUACAGUUUAAAUCUAUUCAUGCUUCACUUAAACUCUCCCAAUAGAUUUUUCAUACAUGUUAGAAUGUACAUCUCACAAGCAUUCUUACUAAAGACUUUAGACAUGUAAAACAAAUUCAAUAUUCUAAAUUAACUAAGUAGCCCAAUAAAACAUUAUAGAGAAAUAUAUAGAACAAAAACACACAAUCAUGAACAUUUUGUUCCAAAAGAAUCAGUGUGAAAUAAUAAAAAUUCCUAGGGGGAAAAAAAAAAUCAAGAGUCUAGAUAAACACCGUAGAACUUCUUCAAAGUAAACAAAAAGAAUGGCUAUAUCUGAACUAACGUGCCAACAGUAGAUAGACUGAAAGCAAGCAAGCAAAACGAAUUUUCCUUAAAAGACUUCUGUCAAGAGGAGAAUUAGAAGGCAAACCAAAAGCUAAGGUAAACAAUAUAGAUCUCAAGUUGCAUAGAUUUUACUAAUUCAGACACAAGUAAGACAUUUUGUGAAGCUUACCAAUGACUAAUGCAUUUACUAACUUAGAAAGUUUUUAAAGUUUUUCCACAACAGUACAAAGAUUAUAAACACUGUAUUAGGGACUGGUGAAGUAUUAUUUAGUGAGCCUAGGCAUCAAUGCAUUUGUAAAUGCAGUUUUCAAAAAUAAAUGCCUCACACUGAAUAUUAAGUUUGCACAUGGUGUAAUAUAAAGUUGUUCAUCAACAGAACUCUGUAAGUCCCAGAUACUUUAAAGCAGAGCACACACAAAAGUAACAACACUUUUGACAUGUUAUAUUUUUAAAAGCCCAAUAGUAUACCAAAGCACUAAAACACUGAAUUGCCAACCUGAUAAAGUGAAUUCACUUUUUUUUUAAAUUCACUUUCUGAUAAAGUGUCAAAAUAUUUGCUUUUUUACUUUUUAAAAGUUUGAUUUUCCCCACUUUGUAGAGACAAAAAGUCGACUGGUUCAAUAUCAAACUGAAGAUGUAUGUGUUUGUUUGAGGACAACUCUUUUAAGCUAAUCCAAUCUUCUUUCAACACUACAUUUCCCUAAUCAUUCACCCCAGACAUAUACAGCAUGUGUAUCAGCGAACAAUACCACAUACACUCUAAAUAUACAGCAGCGUGAAGAACAGGUGCAGCACUAUUUAGAUGCAUGCUUUUUUCCUUCUAAGCCUAAAUUUGCCUUGGAAAGUGAUUUUAAAAUAAACACAAACAUCCGAAAGAGUUGAACAAUCCUUGUAAAAAGAUGGAGCUCUUCCGAAAUCCAAGACAUAAGCCCUUAAACUACCAACAUCUUCCAAAAGUUAGGUGAACCAGUAUCUCAAGUUUCACCUUAAGACCGAGUCCGGCUCAAUUAUGAAGGAUCCUAAGGAUAUUUAACUCUGCUUCCUGUGUGCGAGCUGGUAAUAUGAAACAAAUACGUUUUACUCCAAGCUAACAUUAAAUCUUUUCUCAAUCGUUUCCUGAAGACGGCACAGAUAGUCUGGUUUGGCUUUUUGUGUGUAAAGACGGGAAUGGAGGAGGGGAAGGCCUGGUGAAGGGUACUCUAAAAGAAAAAGUCAGUCCAGAGCAGCGUUGAUGAGUCAGUCACUGAGGUCGAACUCAAACGGAAUCGAAGUGAAUAAGGCAGCAUCCCAGGUAAAAAGGUACUUAAAAGUUGGCGGCAGGAAAUGAAAACUUCACAGGUCAGCCGCAAGCCAUUGUACGCGGCAGCAGCCCUGGAAAGAAGCGUGGCUGUCAAAGAGUUCUGGUUACAGCCACCGCUUGCCAUAUCUUUUGAAUUAUACUUGGAAAAAUAGUGGCCAGAGGAAAAAAAAAUGAUAAAGUUUUUCCUCAUGGUGAAUAAACAAGGGCAGACCCGACUUUCUAAGUAUUAUGAACAUGUGGAGAUUAAUAAGCGUACGCUUCUGGAAACAGAAGUCAUAAAGAGCUGUCUCUCUCGAUCCAAUGAACAGUGCUCUUUCAUUGAAUAUAAGGACUUUAAGCUGAUAUACCGGCAGUACGCAGCUCUCUUCAUUGUAGUUGGAGUUAAUGACACAGAGAACGAGAUGGCAAUUUAUGAAUUCAUCCAUAACUUUGUGGAAGUUUUAGAUGACUACUUCAGCCGAGUGAGUGAACUAGAUAUAAUGUUUAAUUUGGAUAAAGUACACAUCAUUUUGGAUGAGAUGGUAUUAAAUGGCUGCAUUGUGGAAACAAAUCGGGCAAGAAUUCUUGCCCCUCUGCUAAUUCUUGAUAAGAUGUCAGACAGCUGAAAACAGAAAGGCUCUGCCAGACAACAUCGACUCAAAGGAAAUGAGAAUACCAUGGAGUACCUCUUAACAUCGCUAGCCCACAAGAACCUGGAAGACCAAACAUCUCAAAACAGGCUAUCCUUCCAAAGACUUUUAAACAGGGGUUUUCCACAGUUCCUAAAUGGAAAACAAAAGUGUAUUUUAAAAUAUGAUGUACAAAGAAAAAUUUUCUCUAAGCAGAGAGACAAGUUUUAUUUUCUGACCAUAAGCAUUUUUUUUUCCUCACUUGUUUAGAUUUUGAGUAGUACUAAGGGAAACUUUUUGGUCUCUGCUUGGCUUUGCAAAGAGAUAAGUUCAGGAAUAGCACCACCGGGUAGGAAGAAAAUGUGAGAGCUCUCCGUUGGCCAAUAAACUGUUAAAAUUAACUUGAACAUGCAUAGCAGUUUGAAUAAUAGUUUUCUGAAUGCUAUCUUUAUCUUUAAAAAGUCAAAAGUUUACCUAAUGUGUGUACCUAGUGAAAAAUUCUUUCUAGUUUCUAAAAGCCUGAUACCUAUUUUAUAGGUACUUAACAAUUACAACGCCAUCAUGUAAUUAACCCUAUAAAGAAUGUUACUAUAACGAGUGGCCAAACAUUAAGACAGCCCUUACUGCUAUCCUGAAGGCUUCCCAGGUGGUUCAGUGGUAAAGAAUCCUGCCAAUGCAGGAAGACACAGGUUCAAUCUCUAGGUCAGAAGAUCCCCUGGAGGAGGAAAUGGCAACCUGCUCCAAUAUUCUUGCCUGGAUAAUUCCAUGGACAGAGGAGCCUGGUGGGCUACAGUCCUUGGAGCUGCAAAGAGUCAGAUACAACUGAGCGAUUGAGCACACACAGAACUGACUAUCCUGUGUGCCAUGCUGUAAAGGGUUUACCUUAUUAGUAAAUUUAUUGGUAAAUGAAAUUUAGUUCAAAGCCUAAAACUGGAAUGCAAGAGAAUCUCUGUUCAGGUUACUGUGAAUCUACCCCUCUCUCUUUUAUUCCUUCAACCCCUUCUCCUUCUCCUAAAGCAAAGAAAACUGCUAAGCCACUAUAGAAGAGCAAUACCCCAAUCCUCCCAAAUCUUUCUAUAUUAUGCUUUUGCUGCUUCAUCAACAGUAGAAGAUGCAGAACUGCCUUAGGUAAAAGCAUGUUCAUGUGCACAUUAGGGGUAGGAGGGCAGGUACAAUGGAGGAAAUACAAAUACAGUCUUGAUACAUGAAGGUAUCGUGCCAUCCUAUGGAAUUCAAGAGUUACUUUACCUUCAACACUCUACCCUCCAAAAGAGGACAUAAAAUGGACACUCUAGGUACUAAUUCAUUCACUAUUAAUUUCUCUCUCACUCUCUCAUGUAUGUGUAGGAGGAAUUUUGUUAAAAUUCUUUUGUUUAUAAAAGUUCACUUAUAUACUUCAAAAGUUUGUGUCUAUGAAAACCAAGGCAAUCAGUCAAUAAUGAAUUCCAAAAGAUCUUGUUCUGGACUCAGUUCAGGAAGGCAGAGGAAAGGCUUCUGACCUGCCAGAACAGUGAAUGGUAUGCAUCGAGAAACCAAGAUUUGGGGAAAGCCCAGUCUAGAUCAAAGUGCUUUGGAGGUCUUUCUGAGACAUUAGUUGGAAAACACUGUCCUAGUUGAUAGGCACUUAAUCAGUAGCACAUUCAGGUAACUGCUGAAACUGGUACACCAGAAGUAACGAGGGAGUGCAUAAAAUUAAUUUUUGGGUCAUACCAAAAUAGCAUUUAAAUAACAUGUUGGCACAGAUUUUAGUACCUUGAGAGAACAACAACAAAAAAAAUACUAGGUAGAUACCACUGGAAAAAAUACUCCAUGUGGAGACCCAAGUAGGUGUCUCAUAAUACUUGACUCAUACAAAGUGAACUGUAAUGUGACUCUAUGACAGCCUGUGUCAUCUCAUUUCAGGUUUCUUGCUCAACUGUGACUACCAGCUUAAUGAUUUUCACAUAUGAAAUUUAUGUCUCAGACUGGGCAGUUUUACCUUGUCCUUGGACUUUUCAUUCUACAGAAAUCCUGGCAUUUCAGAGUUACUCACUGUAUAACAAGACUCAUCAAUUUUACCUGCUGUAGCAAUGUGCUAGACCAGGAUUCAGCAAACCUUUUCUGCAAAGGGCCAGACAGUGAGUAUUUAAGGCUUUGUGGGCCAUAUGGUCUCUGCUGUAACCACUCAGUUCUGCCACUGUAAUGCAGAAAGAUCCACAGAUAAUAUAUAAAUAAAUCAGCAUGGCUAUGUUCUAAUAAAACCAUUUAUUUAUGGACACUGAAAUCUGGAUUUCAUAAAAUUUUCACAUCAUAUUAUUAGUCUUUUGAUUUUUUCAACCACUUAAAAAAUUCAAAACCAUAUUUAGUUCAUGGCCCACACAAAAGCAAAUGACAGGCCAGAGUUUGCUGACCCCUGUGCCAGACUAGGGGCUUCCUAAGUGGCUAGUGGUAAAGAAUCCACCUGCCAGUGCAGAAGCCACAGGAGACACGGGCUCAAUUCCUGGGUUGGGAAGAUCCCCUAAAGCAGGAAAUGGCAACCGUCUCCAGUAUUCUUGCCUGGAGAAUCCCAUGCACAGAGGGGCAGGGAUGCAGGGGGAGGUUGGACGGGGCUACAGUCCAUAGGGUUGCAAAGAGUUAAGAUAUGACUGAGCCACUGAGCACGUAUGUACUUACUAGACUUAAGUCUUGAUAAAAGUUGGCUACUGACAGAUGUUUUAGAGACUUAAAUAAUGGCAAUACUACACACAUAAACUGGAUUUUAAUUCUACCGCUAAUGUAAAGUUCUAGUCAUGCAUCCAUGACUUUUUUUGAGACAAUCACCACUACUGCUUUUGUAUAAAAGCAUAGGUCAUACGUUUAAAUAUUGCUAUUAUGCUUUAUUAGCUUUUAUUCUCACAGAGAACUGUGAAGCUAACAAUAAGGUGAAUUAUUUAAAUGCUGCCUCUGAUUACACAGUCACAAUAUUCUCAUGCAGAGAACAGAAACACUACUCAAAUGAUUGACUGCAGUGGGAGAAAUCUCUAAUGUAGAAAGGGAACAUACCUUUUAAACAGGUAAAUAGUGGGUGAUUCCCAAAAAUGCUUUUUACUCCUAUAAAAGCCAUCUGGCUAAAUCAGGCCUAGUGACUUUACUUUUACCUAAAUGCAUAGAUAUGAUAAAUCAAAACAAUUUGGAAAUGGAAAUAGAGCCCCCCCUUUAAAAAGGAGGAAACAGCAUUAUCCCAGUGGUUUCUUUUCACACCAACACAACAUUCAAAAAUUAUUCUUGGAUCUUAGACUUACACAUCACUGAAAAUACAAUGGGAAGUAGCAGAUUUGGCUAUUUUUAGAUGAAGAAUACUUCAAGACAGAACGUAAGAGCUGGAUCACAAGCAAGUGGAUGUGUAUUUCUGCUAGCUUUCCAGUCUCAGUAAAGU